UUAAUAGCUCUUUCAGUCUGUGGAUUAAUCUGCGUGGUUUUCGAGCUCUUUAUGAACAUCAGUGUGUAGAGUGGAGUCUCUGGAUCGCUUCAGUGGCUCUCGUGUGUGUGUUUGAGUGUGAACUAAAAGCUGCUCUUCUGGACUGAUCUGGAACUUUCCGCGCGCGCGCCCCUCCCGCUCUCACGCUACCCAUAACCCCCCGCGCCUCCAUUCUUCUCUCCAUCCAACAUGUCCAUGAUAGAGGGUCCGUUAAACGUGCUCGGCCAGAGGACGACCGGCGAGUCCGUCAGGACCCAAAACGGUGAGUCGGGAUGCGCUCGUGUUUGCCCUCAACAAACCAAAGGGACGCGAUACUUCAUCGGCCUUGAGCAUUGUGUCCUGGUCCUCUGUGAGCUAGCAGAGCUGCAGGAUAAGGAGGUUGGAGAUGGCACAACAUCAGUGGUGAUCAUCGCCGCCGAGCUGCUGAAGAGUGCCGAUGAGCUCGUCAAACAGAAGAUCCACCCCACCUCCAUCAUCAGUGGAUACAGACUGGCCUGCAAGGAGGCAGUCCGAUACAUCAAUGAGAAUCUGACCAUCAGCACAGAUGACUUGGGCAGAGAGUGUCUCAUCAAUGCUGCCAAGACAUCCAUGUCCUCUAAGAUUAUCGGAGUUGAUUCAGAUUUUUUUGCUAAUAUGGUGGUGGACGCUGCCCUGGCUGUGAAGUUUGUUGAUGGGAAAGGUGUUGCUCGCUAUCCCAUCAACUCUGUGAAUGUGCUGAAGGCUCACGGACGCAGCCAGAAAGAGAGUUUCCUCGUCAACGGAUACGCACUUAACUGCACUGUCGGAUCACAAGGAAUGGUAAAGCGCGUGUCCAACGCCAAGAUAGCCUGUCUGGACUUUAGCCUGCAGAAAACCAAGAUGAAGCUGGGUGUUCAGGUGGUCAUCAGUGAUCCAGAGAAACUGGACCAAAUCAGACAGAGGGAGUCAGACAUCACGAAGGAGCGCAUUCAGAAGAUCCUGGCGUCGGGGGCAAAUGUGAUUCUGACCACAGGAGGCAUUGAUGACAUGUGUCUGAAAUACUUUGUAGAUGUAGGAGCCUUGGCUGUGAGGAGGGUGCUCAAGAGGGACCUCAAGCGCAUCGCCAAAGCAACUGGGGCCACUGUGUGCUCGUCUCUGUCUAACCUGGAGGGAGAGGAGACGUUUGAGGCGGCCAUGCUGGGUCAGGCAGAGGAGGUAGUGCAGGACAGAGUGUGUGACGACGAGCUCAUCCUCAUCAAGAACACAAAGGCACGCACAUCUGCCUCUAUCGUCUUGCGUGGGGCGAAUGAUUUCAUGUGUGAUGAAAUGGAGCGCUCGCUGCAUGAUGCCCUGUGUGUGGUGAAGAGGGUGCUGGAGUCCAAGUCUGUGGUACCAGGAGGUGGCGCUGUAGAGGCUGCACUGUCCAUUUAUCUGGAGAACUAUGCAACAAGCAUGGGUUCCCGUGAGCAGCUGGCUAUUGCUGAGUUUGCUCGCUCUCUGCUCGUCAUUCCUAAAAGUCUGGCAGUCAACGCCGCACAAGACUCCACUGACCUGGUGGCCAAACUCAGAGCCUUCCACAAUGAGGCUCAGGUCAACCCUGAACGCAAGAACCUCAAAUGGAUCGGGUUGGACCUGGUGAAUGGAAAGCCAAGAGACAACAAGCAGGCGGGAGUGUAUGAACCCACGAUGGUUAAAACCAAGAGUCUGAAGUUCGCCACAGAGGCAGCCAUCACCAUCCUUCGAAUCGAUGACCUUAUCAAGCUCUUCCCUGACCAGAAAGAGGGCGGGCCCUCCUACCAGGAUGCUGUCCAAUCAGGAUCUCUGGAGGGAUAAAGUCCAGCUGCAUCAACUCUUUAAUUGGCUGGUUCUGGUGUCGCUCCACUCAGCUUUUAUAUUUAUAUUUGGAUCCGGAUCCAACUGAUGAGCUGUUAGUGUAGAAUGUGCACUUUGUUUGCGUUACAUAUGUUUUGCUAUUAACAUGGCUUGUUUGUCAUGUGUAAUGUAACAAAUGUUCCUUUUUCUGCCAUUUCAAAGACAAUAAACCAGAAUGGUGUUGAAAGG